UAAAUUAAGAUUCUGAUUUCUGCUGGUUAUUCUGCAGAUAAUUAGUCAUCAGGCAGUGUUACGUCACAUAUAACACCAGAUAAAUACACAUUAAAAAAGCACACACAUACACCAAUCAGGUGAGGUGAAUGACUUUGAUUAUUUUGUUUCAGUGCAUUGUUCUGCUGGGAAACCUUUGGUUCUGGCACGUCGGGACUGAAAACUACAGACCUUGAAAUUGAUGGUAGCAAUUGUUUGACACGCUCAUUAACUACAGAGAGAGAAAAAAGAAUAAAACUACACUGACGGCACAGCCUGAGGGACAAGAUUGUGUGCGGAAGUGAUUCACAGUAAGUCUUCCACUGAUGCAACUCCAACUCGGUCAGUUUCUGCCAUGCAGAAUUUUUUUACGCACAAGUUCUGACUUAUAGAGACGUGUAUCUAUACUAAAGUUAUCCCAUCUGACGUAAGGCAAAGUUAGUACUUUAAAGUGCGUCACAAUGCAGAGGAAUGCGGGUUUCGGUCUCUCAGAGGAUCAGGAUCAAGCAGAGUCUCAUCCCGAGGGAGCAGCUGGGAGAGCAGGACCGACCUGCACCAACCGGACCGGCCCCAAAUCCUGGUCCGUGGUCGUGCUGUCAGUGCUGGGCUCUGCGGUAGCUGUGGCUGCUGUUGGCUGUGUCUGCGCCCUCAUAUACCCGAUACUCAAAGAGCUGCGGGCAGAGAGAGUGACGGGAGAGGAUGGGGCUGAACACAGGAUGUUGGGUUUCUGGAGUAUCCUGGUGCUGUCACUAAUAGCAGGGUGUAUCUGCUGUGCCUUCUCAUGGACUCUCACCUACCUGGACUCGUACCAGCCUGGCAUGGCGUCAGGAACACUUCUGACUCUGGCCCACCUCAGAGGUGUAUCCGGCCAUCGUCUCCACAUUGGUUAUGGUGUCGCUGUCCUUAAUGGCGUCAUGGGGAUGCUCACUGUCAUCUGGAGCCUCACCUGACACCCAGAUACGCCCUCAGUAGAAGUGCUACUGGGACGUUCUUCACAAUGAAAUUCAAAUAAAAGGUUGUCAUGGAAGGUUUGAUAUUAA